AUGCUAGAUUUCCUUCUUACAUCCGUUUUUGCCUGCACUACAUUCACGAAAGAUGUCGUGUACAAAUUGGAUGAGAAAAUGUAUCGAGAUCUUCACACCCUAUUAACAACUCGCUAUGCAUUAGCUUCCUCGUCACUCAAUAGCUUUGGUUAUUCGGAUCUCAGACCACCUGCAUGGGCCAUUGACACUGCAAAAGGUUUGACGGCCAAUGACUUUGAGUUGUAUGCCUUCCAGUAUUGCAUUCGGGUCAAGCAUUUUCUUCAUAUGCUUGAUUAUGUCCAUGACUGGAAUAAACUUCAGACACACAUAUAUGUAGAUGAAAAACUGCUGGCAGCUCAGCGCAAUGCUGACAGAGCACGUCUCGAGAAAAGGGAGUAUUACCUUCCUGCUGUUCCUCCUAUAACACAUUCCAAUCCUUUCAAGUCGAAGACCUCUUUUCAGGCCUUGGCCUCCGACUUGAGUUGGGGGGGAGUACACUAUGAUGCUUCAAGAGAUGAGGAACAGCAUCCUAGCAACCUGCAGGUCACUAAAAUACAUGGUCAGUCUUGUCUUUGUGCGAAUUCCAAAGUCAGUGAACUUCACAAUUUCGGUCCAUAUCGACAUGAGAGUUUGCCUAUGGCAUCCCACCAAGCUCAGAUUCCAAAAUAUUUAGACCGCAGAAAUCCUUCACACACAAGCAUUUACUGA